GGUUGGGCUCGAGAUACUGUGAUUGGUCUGUUCGGACUCCGCCUCCAGUGCAUGUAAUUAGCAUCUCAUUAGUUGUCCGCUCGGGCUCUGGAGGAAGCCACGGCCGCCAGUCUGAGGCAGGUGCCCGACAUGGCGAGUGCUGUGCUGCCGAGCGGAUCCCAGUGUGCGGCGGCAGCGGCGGUGGCGGCGGUGGUGGCGCCUCCCGGGCUCCGGCUCAGGCUUCUGCUGUUGCUUCUCUCUGCCGCGGCACUGAUCCCCACAGGUGAUGGACAGAAUCUGUUUACAAAAGACGUGACAGUGAUUGAGGGAGAAGUCGCAACCAUCAGCUGCCAAGUGAAUAAGAGUGACGACUCCGUGAUCCAACUCCUGAAUCCCAACAGGCAGACUAUUUAUUUCAGGGACUUCAGGCCUUUGAAGGACAGCAGGUUUCAGUUGCUGAAUUUUUCCAGCAGUGAACUCAAAGUGUCGUUGACAAAUGUCUCCAUUUCUGAUGAAGGAAGAUACUUUUGCCAGCUCUACACUGACCCCCCACAGGAAAGCUACACCACGAUCACAGUGUUGGUCCCACCACGUAAUGUGAUGAUUGAUAUCCAGAAAGACACUGCGGUGGAAGGCGAGGAGAUCGAAGUCAACUGCACCGCCAUGGCCAGCAAGCCAGCCACCACUAUCAGGUGGUUCAAAGGCAACAAGGAGCUCAAAGGCAAAGCGGAAGUAGAAGAGUGGUCAGACAUGUACACUGUGACUAGUCAGCUGAUGCUGAAGGUGCGCAAGGAAGACGAUGGGGUCCCCGUGAUCUGCCAGGUGGAGCACCCCGCAGUCACCGGCAACUUGCAGACCCAGCGGUAUCUCGAAGUACAGUAUAAGCCUCAAGUGCAUAUUCAGAUGACUUACCCUCUACAAGGCCUCACCCGGGAAGGGGACGCGCUUAAGUUAACAUGUGAAGCCAUCGGGAAGCCCCAGCCCAUGAUGGUAUCUUGGGUGAGAGUGGAUGAUGAAAUGCCUCAACAUGCCGUAUUGUCUGGGCCCAACCUGUUCAUCAGUAACCUAAACAAAACAGAUAAUGGGACAUACCGCUGUGAGGCUUCAAACAUAGUGGGUUCAGCUCAUUCGGAUUAUAUGCUGUAUGUAUACGAUUCUCGGGCAGGCGAAGAAGGCGCCAUACGGGCAGUGGACCACGCUGUGAUCGGCGGCGUUGUGGCUGUCGUGGUUUUUGCCAUGCUGUGCUUGCUCAUCAUCCUGGGGCGUUAUUUUGCCAGACAUAAAGGCUUGUUUUCUCUAACCUCCUCUCGCAGAAUAAAGUGAUGGGGGCAGCUAUAGUGUUGCAAUUAGGAGCAUGAAUCUUUUAUCGUUUGGACAAGGAAGGGGAAAUGCCAUUACUGUCAACCGAAAUGUCCUACUUGGGUUUUUUGCUCCUACUUCCCUGCCAAAGCCCAUUGCUGCUGCUGAAAGUGUAUAGUAUUCACAGCUGUUCUUGAUGGCUUCAUUCUUAACUCAGCCAGAAAUGUAGCCCGGGAGAUGCUUAAGACAGUUUAUGGAAAAUAAUAGAUUUCUUUGCAGAGACACCAAGGCAUCGAGAAGGGCCCUGAGACACAUUAAAUUCAGCCAAGAUCGCCAAUCUCCUUUUCUGGCUUAAAUUACAACGGCU